AUGACGGCAAAUCCACCGUCUAGCGCCGUAGACCUGUUGCGCUUCCUGGCGCUCUCACUCACAGUGCACACCGACGCAGUCUGUUGCGCCGUGGACGACGUUGAGGCCGCCAUUGUCGAGUCUUCCACGAAUGAUGAGCUCCUUGAUACCCUCGAAAAGGAGUUGGCCGUCUUGCUCGACAGACAGCGGCGACUGCAUGUGACCCGCUCAGUGAUUGCCCUCUCACAGGAGGAACGGCGCCGCGGCAUGGAGCUGCGACGAAGUGGGCAAUCCUCAACGCAGCGGUACGGCCACAAGCGAAUUCAGACGUCCCGCACAACAUCAAACAUAUCGGCAACACAGAUGCACGACACGGCUCGUUACCCGAGCGAGAGGUUCUCCAGGGGUGUAUCUCCAGAUAAAAUGGAACAAGGAUAUGGGUCGGCAGCGGUGUCGACGCAUGCCUGUUCGACGGCCGCAUCGUCUGCGCCCCUGUGCGCGGAGUCAGAAGCAGACUCGGUUGACGCGCAGGUGGAGCGACUCAAGGAGAGGAUCAUGCAUCUAGACUGCUACUCGCUGCGCGGAAAACUCCUUCAGCUAGAAAAGCAAAAGAAGGAGGUCAAAGAGAUUGACCUCGAAGACCUUGUGACGAGGGUGGUAGAUUCCUUCGAGUUCCCAGCCUCUGUACGAGCACUUUGGUGCAGUGGCGCAUCGCCAUGCUUGGCCUGCUCUGGUAUAGGGUCUUCUGCACCGCACAAAAGGGCCUCGCAGAGCUGCGCACGCUCUCGAGAUGCCACUCUUGCUCAGCCCGCUACUAGAAAGGGCGGUGUGAUAAACCACACCAACGUUGACCUGUUUCUGGCGCGGGCAUGCCAGCGGCUCUCUGGGCGCGCCGCUGACGCACUACAAGCCUUGGCAUCGACAAGUGUCUCCGAGCAGAGUGCCGCAGCGCACGUGCUGGGCUGCAUGGUGUACGCUGCCGAAUUCAACGCCAGCGAGCGCACUGACCUCGCCGCCGUGCAGCAGCUGCAGACGAUGCCGCGCGAUACCCUUUCCCGUCUGUAUGACCAAUGCGUGCGCAGCAGUGUUUGUGAGGCAAAGCUUGACGGCCGCUGCUUCGGUGCUCGGGGCACUGUGUUGGCAGCACAGGAUUUCAGCGCCCUCCCGGCGGAUUGGGCGACAGCGCAGUCGCUAAGUCAAGUGCCGCUGGAUGAAAUCCUGCCCCCUGUUCGGCAUUUGCUGGCACCUCGCUUUAGCUUCGCAGACGUGGCGGAACUGAAGCGACUACAGGCGAAGCGAGUGGAGUUGCAGGAGAAGAUUGUGAACUUCCUGUUAGGCAGCCAGGAGAAGGAUGAGGAGUUUCUGCAAGGCAUAUCCGGGAGCCAGCGGGACCGCGCGGUGGCAGCGGCGCGUCUAGCGGUGACAGAGGUGACACCCGCGUCAACUUCAGCACACGCCUGGAAGACAAUGGUUGCAGCGCAUGGUGCGGAAUGCUGA